CAGAGUGUGUGACUUCCGGUUGUGUUGACAUCUUGAAGUGGGUGAAAGGUGGAGAAGAAGACAGGUCGUCAUUCUCCAGCAGCAGGAUCAGGGAUCGAAGUGGUUUGAGCCUUCAUCUUCAUCCUCCUCCUCCUCCUCCUGCUCUUCUUCUUCUUCCUCCUCUUCUUUGUCGUCAGCAUGCUGCAGAACACAGGGAAGUUAGCCGGCUGCACGCUCUUCAUCACCGGAGCGAGUCGGGGGAUCGGUAAAGCCAUCGCUCUGAAAGCCGCCAGAGAUGGAGCCAACAUCAUCAUCGCCGCCAAGACCGCCGAGCCCCACCCCAAACUACCAGGGACCAUCUACACCGCCGCACAGGAGGUGGAGGCGGCUGGAGGGAAGGCGUUGGCCUGUGUGGUGGACAUUCGUGAUGAGCAGCAGAUCGGAGACGCUGUGCAGAAAGCCGUGGAGAAGUUUGGAGGAAUCGACAUCCUAGUGAACAACGCCAGCGCCAUCAGUCUGACAGGAACUCUGGAGACGCCCAUGAAGCGGGUCGACCUGAUGCUGGGGAUCAACCUGAGGGGGACCUACCUGACGUCUAAGCUGGUCAUCCCUCACCUGCUGAAGAGUCGUAGUCCUCACAUCCUGAACCUGUCCCCUCCUCUGAACCUGAACCCGGUCUGGUUUAAGAACCACACAGCGUACACGAUGGCGAAGUACGGCAUGUCCAUGUGCGUGCUGGGGAUGGCCGAAGAGUUCAGAGGUCAAAUCGCUGUGAACGCCCUCUGGCCUCGGACCGCGAUCCAGACAGCAGCCAUGGACAUGCUGGGCGGGGACGGCGUGGGUAAACAGUGUCGUACAGCCGACAUCAUGGCGGACGCCGCCUACGCCAUCCUGUCCCGCCAAAAGGACUACACGGGUCACUUUGUGGUGGAUGAAGACAUCCUGAAGGAGCAGGGCAUCCAGGACUUUGAUCAGUACGCCGUCCAGCCUGGUCACCCCUUACUGCCAGACUUCUUCCUGGAUGAAGAACCUGAGUCUCUGGUCCAGCAGAUGGAGCACCAUGGAGCAACCCCGGCCUUCAAACCACCACAGUCAUCAUCAGCGGCGCCCCCCUCCAGUGGACCAAUAGAGAGCACCUUUAACGUCAUCAGAGCAGUCAUCAACGAGGACGUCGUCAAGUCAACAAAGGGCAUCUAUCAGUUCGACCUAUCAGGAGAGCAUGAGGGAGUCUGGUUCCUGGACUUGAAGAGCGGGUCUGGCACGGCAGGGCAGGGUCAGCCGCCUGUCAAAGCUGAUGUUAUCAUGACGAUGGACUCCAACGACUUCAGCAAGAUGUUUGCAGGUCAGCUGAAGCCGACGAUGGCGUUCAUGUCGGGGAAGCUGAGGAUCAAAGGAGACAUGACGCUCGCCAUCAAACUGGAGAAACUGAUGGGCAAAAUGAGCAAGGCCAAACUGUGAGCCCCGCCCCCAGGCCCCCCAGGCCCCGCCCACUCGCUGUACAUGUUGCCUUAAUGAAAAAUAAUGCUAACACUUUAACAAUAAAGACCUUAUUAAUAAACUAAA